UCAGCGGGUCCUCCCAUGACGCCGCCUUCUUCCUCUUCAGCGGGUCCUCCCACGACACCACCAUUGCCUCCAGCGCGUCUCUCCAUGACUCUGCCAUCUUUGUUUUCAGCUGGUCCUCCCACAGCGCUGCCAUCUUCGUUUUCAGCGGGUCCUCCCACGACGCUGCCAUCUUCGUCUUCAGAGGGUCUUUCCACGUUGAUGACAUCGUCUUUAGUGGGUUGUCCCACUACGCCGCCAUCUACAGCGGGUCCUUCCACGACUGCCAUUGUGUCCAGUCGAUUCUCCCACGGCAUUGCCAUCUUCGUCUUCAGCAGGUCCUCCCACGACGCCGCCAUUGUCUCCAGCGCUUCUUUCCAUGACUCUGCCGUCUUCGUUUUCAGCUGGUCCUCCCACUACGCUGCCAUCUUUGUCUUCAGCGGGUCCUCCCACGACACCACCACCUUCGUCUUCAGCAGGUCUUCCAACGACGCCUCGCCAUAGUCUUCAGAGGGUUUUGCCACGACUCCGCUAUCAUAGUAUUCAGCGAGUCCUCCCACAACACCGCCAUUGUCUCCAAUGGGUCCUCCCACGACGCUGACAUCGUCUUCAGCUGGUUUUCUCACCACACCGCCAUCUUUGUCUUCAGCGGAUGCUCCCACCACGUCGCCAUCUUCGUCUUCAACGGGUCCUCCCACCAAGCCCCCAUCUUCGUCUUCAGCGGGUCUUUCCACGACGCCAACAUCGUCUUUAAGCAGUUUGGGUGAAGAUGCUGAGGAGCUGCUGAUACGGGUGCUGAUAGGGGCUAGAGGCAGGUGGGCGCCAAACCUCCAGUAGACGCUGAUUGACAGGUCAUAGAAACCGGAGAGUUGGAUGGUGGUUUUAAACUAGGAAGAACUGACCCGAACCAAGACCAAUAUGGAAUUCCGACUGGGAUUUAGGAUCUUCUUGGUCUUGGUCAUCCUGACUCUUUCAAGGGAGAAUGUGGAUGCUCAGAGGGCAGGGUGCAAAAACGUCCAUUAUGACCUAGCGUUCAUCCUGGAUACCUCGUCCAGUGUAGGCAAGGAGAACUUUGAGAAGAUCAGGCAAUGGGUGGCCAACCUCGUGGAGUCCUUUGACCUGGCGCCAGAUAAGACUCGAGUGGCUGUUGUACGCUACAGCGACCGGCCCACCACAGAAUUUAACCUGGCGAGAUACAGGACCCUGGAAGACGUGAAGCAGGCCGCCAGAAACAUACGCUACCUUGGAGGGAAUACAAUGACCGGGGACGCUAUUAGCUACACCACCGACAACAUCUUCUUGGAGCAAAACGGGGCCAGGCCAUUGGGAGCCAAGGGCAUCCAAAGGGUGGCUAUUCUGCUCACCGAUGGCCGGAGUCAGGAUUACGUUCUUGAGCCGUCCAAGUUGGCCGCCAGAGCUGGCAUCAGGAUGUUUGCAGUGGGCAUCGGCGAGGCGCUGAAGGUGGAACUGGAAGAGAUCGCGGCGGAACCGAAGAACGCUCACGUCUUUCACGUGACGGACUUUAACGCCAUCGAUAAGAUCCGAGGUCGGCUCAGGAGGAGGCUCUGUGAGAAUGUGCUGUGUCCAAAUAUGAAGGUGCAACCUGAUCGCUUUCAACCAAGCAGUACCAGCUACGGCCUGCAGCAGGUUCCUGGAUUUGACCUGAUGGAGUACUUCAGUGUCAGAGACAUUCUGGGGAGCAGACUUGAUGAGGGCCAAAGUGCCUACGUCCGUCUUGGCACCAUGCCAAUUGUGCAGCAGACUGAAGACGUGUUCCCUCAGGGCUUGCCGGAUGAAUACGCCUUUGUCACCACGUUUAAGUUCAGGAAAACCUCAAGACGAGAAGAUUGGUACCUUUGGCAGGUCUUUGACAAAUAUGGAAUACCACAGGUGUCCAUCAGGCUGGAUGGCGAAAACAAGGCGGUGGAGUACAAUGCCGUGGGCCUGACCAAGGACGCCGUGCGAGCCGUCUUCAAGAACUCUGAAGUGGACAACCUAUUUGACCGCAACUGGCACAAGAUUGCUCUGAGCGUGGAGGCCAAGAGCGUGUCUCUCUACCUGGACUGUAAACACAUUCAGACGCUGCCCAUCGGAGACAGGGAGGACAUCGACAUCCAGGGGAAGACGGUCAUUGGGAAGAGGUUGUAUGACAGCGUGCCAAUUGAUUUUGACCUUCAGAGGAUGGUGAUUUACUGUGACUCCAAACAUGCCGAGCUGGAAACCUGCUGUGAUAUACCCAAUGGGCCUUGCCCCCAGAAGGUGGUGACAGAAGCUCCUCCAGUGCCCAUCCCCACCCCCACCCCCACUGUGGCCGAGCAACAGCUGGGCCGCCAUACCAACUGCUCCUGCCCUGAAGGAGAAAAGGGAGCGACUGGAGCACCUGGCCUCGCAGGUCUCAAGGGUGAAAAGGGUGAUGCCGGCGCUCGAGGUCUCGCCGGGCUGCAGGGCCUGAUGGGAGAAAAAGGAGAAACUGGCAAAGUAAUCUCUGUCAGAGGUGAGAGAGGGGAGAAGGGUGAUAGAGGCACAGUGGGGCUGACAGGUGCCCUUGGACAGAAGGGAGAGAAGGGAGUGUCUGGUAUUCCUGGUAUUGAUGGGCUAUCUGGAGACAGAGGAGACAAAGGGGAGGCAGGACGGGCUGGCACUCCUGGACUUACUGGUCUGACUGGAUCAAAGGGAAUUCAAGGUGAUACAGGAUAUGCAGGGUCACCUGGACCAAAAGGUGUCGGUGGCGACCGGGGAAUAAAGGGUGAAAAGGGAACGACGGGACCCAGCGGGACCUCCGGUUUGGAUGGAUUUCCUGGAAAACCUGGCGUUCCUGGCCAAGAUGGUUUGAGGGGACUGACUGGUUUUCCUGGGGCCAGCGGGGUGAAAGGUGACAAGGGGGAGCGGGGAAUUCCCGGUUUACCUGGUGAUGUGUAUCAAAAAGAGGGCCUGAGAGGAGAAAAGGGCGUUGGAGGACCUUCUGGGCCGGCAGGAGCUGAUGGCCCACCAGGACCACCUGGUCCUCCUGGUCUACAGGGUCUACCAGGGGAGCCUGGAGAGUUUGGCCAAAGGGGAAAGAAAGGUGAAAGUGGAUUACCUGGAGUUGAUGGACUUCCUGGACCUCCUGGUCCUUCGGGUCCAGCGGGACCACCAGGGAAGACGGGUAACACCGGACCACCUGGUCUGCCGGGUGAAAUUGGAUUUUCAGGCAAACCUGGCGAGCCUGGAAAACCUGGUGUUCCUGGUAAAGACGGACUGGAUGGUCUUCCUGGUAAUGAUGGACCCAUGGGUCCUAGAGGAGAGCGUGCAACAGAUGGUUUUCCUGGCAAGCCUGGACCAAAGGGUGAUGAUGGGCCUCCUGGACCAAGAGGACCUCCUGGGGAGCGAGGAGAGGCUGGUGCUCCUGGUCAAUCAGGUGUUGACGGAGCAAGAGGAGAGAGGGGGACUCCGGGUGAAAGAGGACAGGAGGGACCAUUUGGGCCAAAAGGUGAAAAGGGUGACAAGGGUGAAAUAGGAGCCAGGGGGCCACCUGGUAUUGCUGGAGAUGUAGCAAGUGUAAUCCCUGAGCCGGGAGAACCUGGAAAACCAGGAGAAAAGGGAGAGAAAGGAGAACAAGGACAUGCUGGAGAAAUGGGCCCUCGAGGAUUACCUGGCGAACAAGGCUUCAAGGGUCCACCUGGAGCAGCGGGUCCUACAGGUGACACAGGACCUCAAGGAGGGACAGGACAUGUUGGAGACCCAGGCCCUCCGGGUGUAGCUGGUCCUCAGGGGCUCCGAGGACUACCAGGCCAUGCGGGAAUACCAGGCAUCAUUGGGCCCCCUGGUGUUGCAGGAGAGAGAGGAGACAAGGGAGAACCAGGCAAACCAGGACAAGCAGGUCAACGAGGUUCACCUGGAGAACCUGGUUUGAUUGGACCUCCUGGACCCACAGGGAAGGGAAAAGAUGGCCUAUCAGGUGAACCAGGACCUCGGGGAAAUGAAGGACCCCCAGGACCAAAGGGCCCACCAGGAUCAGUAGGGGAGCCAGGGCCACAAGGGGACAGGGGCUCCCCAGGUGAAGGCAAAGUGGGAUCUCAAGGGUCUCCUGGAAAUAAUGGAGAUCCUGGAACUCCUGGCUUGAGGGGUCUGCCUGGUGUUGCUGGUCCUCAAGGCCCUGCAGGACAUAAUGGUCUGCCUGGAAGGCCCGGGGAGAAAGGAUCAGCUGGAGAGCCUGGAAAAGCAGUGGACCUUUCUGACUUAAAACUGAAAGACAUCUGUUCAGACUGCCCGGCAGGUCCACCUGGACCACCUGGAAUCCCGGGACUCCCAGGUGAUAAAGGACACCAGGGGGCUCCUGGGAAAAAUGGUCAAGACGGCUACCAAGGCCCGCCGGGACUACCUGGACCGCAAGGGCCUCCUGGAACUGACGGAGGAAAGGGACUCAAAGGCGACCGUGGAACUCCUGGAGCCCCAGGUGAUAAAGGAGAAAAGGGUCAUUCUGGACCUCCAGGCCACCCUGGUCCUGCUGGAAUGAUGGGCUCAGCUGGUAACGAUGGACAACCUGGUCCUGCUGGUCUCCCAGGACCCCCUGGAGAAAAGGGCAAAGAAGGUCUUAAAGGGAUCCAGGGACCUCCUGGUCUUCCUGGCCUGACAGGUCCACUUGGCAAGAUGGGCAAGGAUGGCCAACAAGGUGAAGCAGGAGAACCAGGCAAGCAAGGUGAACCUGGACCACCAGGAAACUCUGGACAACGAGGACUUCCAGGCUUCAAGGGCCACAGGGGAGAACCUGGCAGUCAGGGGUCAAAGGGAGAAGAUGGAAAGCCUGGACCACCUGGGCGGGAAGGCAAACCCGGAAAGGAGGGUCUAAAGGGGCCUCCAGGACCAGAAGGUCUUCUUGGACCAAGAGGAGAGCCAGGCAAACAAGGAGAACCAGGGCCAUCAGGCAAAGGAGGACUCCCUGGAACACCCGGUCUUCGGGGGGACAAGGGAGAACCUGGCAACCCUGGAUUACCAGGAUUCAGUGGGCCUAAAGGUCCUGCAGGUCCACCUGGUCCAGUUGGUCCUGAAGGGAAACAGGGAAUGCCAGGCAGGGUGGGCGACCGUGGCCUGAAAGGAGAGAAGGGCGACACGGGCAUCAAAGGAGACAAAGGACAAUCAGGAGAACCAGGUAUGCCAGGAAAUCCGGGACCACCUGGCCGAAAGGGACACACUGGAAUGAUGGGCAUGUCAGGACCACCAGGAGAAUUAGGAUCUCCUGGUCCUCAAGGACCUUCUGGAAACCCCGGAAUGCCAGGACCGAGGGGCGAGUCUGCUUCAGUGGAGCUGAUGAGACGUCUCAUUCAGGAGGAACUCAGUAAACAACUGGAUGCCAAGCUGGCCUACAUCACAGCUCAGAUGCAGCCAGCGCACGUCAAAAGUUCAGCAGGACGUCCGGGACCACCGGGUGCCUCCGGUAAGGACGGCAGUCCUGGACGACCUGGGCCACCUGGAGAACCUGGUAUGCCGGGACUGAACGGCGGAGAAGGAUCACGAGGACCCAUGGGACCUAAAGGUGAAAAGGGGACUGCGGGAGAAAAGGGAGAAGCAGGUGUCGGUGAAAGAGGCGAACAUGGUGCUCCCGGUCCAAUAGGUCCAGCCGGUAUUCCAGGCUACGGUAAAGACGGAAGCCCGGGACAAGCCGGAGCCCAAGGAGAACCAGGUAACCCCGGUCCUCACGGUCAACCAGGACCUCCAGGACCUCCUGGCCAGUGUGACCCCUCACAGUGUGCCUACUAUGCCAGCCUGGCCAACAGACCUCACACCAAGAACGUCAAAGGGACUUAAAGAGUUGUAUUUAUGAACAAUGUCUCAAUCCAGGACUUUUUUUUUUUUUGAGGACUGACGGUCAUUCUUUUUGUUUUCUGCUAUGAAGCUUUUUGGAUCUGACUUUUUCAGGAGAGCAGCUAAGUAUUUCUUCCUGACUUGCAUGCUUGCUGUACAACUCAUGGGAGAGAAGGCGCUCCCUCCAGGUAAACUCAAGCAUAUUUUACCUAGUGCAAUUAUUUCAGGCAAGUGAUGUUGAUUAGAUUUGUGCUUCUCGUGCUCUUAUUGGCCAAUAACUUUGAAAUAUCAUUUUAAUUAGGGAAUAAACCAAAGUAGCUCACCUCUCCUCCCAACUCCUUGAUUUGAGCUUUUCUACCUCAAAAAGUCCUUAAAAAAAACAAAUCAAUUUAAAAUAAAUAACUGUUGCACAGAAUUGAAGAUGAAUGACUUGCCUUGUGUGCAUCAAGUCAUUUAGAUUGUCGUAUAGAAGCUAUUUUUAUAGUAUUUUAUUAGGACUUUGAAGUGUUCUCACUAUAAUACAAAGUUAAGAGCCACCCUUUCCUCACACGCUGUGCGUAAAUAGGGCCCCGCCAUCUGUGGGAGCCCCCGUUUUGCUUGUAUAAUGUCAAUGAAUGACAAAAUGACAUUUUACCUUAAACAUAUUCCCAGCCCCUUCCUGCUCAGUCACUGAUAAAAUGGCAAAACGUCCCUAAAUGUUCUCAUUGUCCCCUACAGUGCUGUUACUGGUCCAAUUUCAGGAAGGUUUCAAAUUGAUGUUUUAAUUGUUUAUUUUGCAUAAAUUAUUGGACAAUGUAUUUCCUAUGAAUUAUUAUAUUACACAACCUGCAUAAAGUUAAAGUCAAGUUUAAUCAUGAUUCCCGAGCGCGUCCACUGCUGCUGCUCACUGCUCCCCUCACCUCCUAGGGGGUGAACAUGGGGAUGUGUCAAAUGCAGAGGAUAAUUUCACCACAACUCGGGUGUGUGUGUGUGUGUGUGACCAUCGUUGGGACUUUAACUUUUAAUCAAAAACAUAUUCAAAUAAUUUCACAAAUAGAAAUGUGAAUUUUUUUCUUUUUUUGCUAAGAUCCCCGAUUUAGAAAGAAAAUAAUCGCCAAUAAGUCAAUCCUAUACAAACUGUCAGUAUACAUUCUGUAAAGCUAUUACUUUUAUCAGUAUAAAUACGAAUUAUUCAUGAAGUUUAGUUACCUUGGCUGGUUAGGUCCUGAUUGUCAAACUGUGGUACGCGGGAACAUACCAUAUCAUCCCAAAAAUACAAAUGUACGAUUGCUAAAAUAGGAACGUUUAACUCCGCUGCAACACCUUUUGCAAGCUAAUUUGAGGUAGCAAACAUGGUGGUACAUGCCGUACCAUGGUCUUAUCGAAUUGUUUCCACAGUCCCCUUAUUCCUGACUAAUGUACGAUCAAAUGGUGCUAAAGUGUGUGCGUAUUGUCAAGUAUGUACUGUAACUAUAAAGACUGGAAUAAAUCCAUCUCAAACCACAACUUUAUUACGUUGAACAUGAAAAGUUGUUUGUCAUAUUGUCCUUGAUGUGCUAAUGGAUGUACAUGUUUCUUCUUU